AUGCGUCAGCCCGCCAUCGCAGAGCAGCGUCGUCGACGGACGCCACACGAGAUCCAGAAGCGGAACGUGGAUCUGUGGCACGGAAAGGAGCCGUCCGGCUACUGUACCGCGGGGGAUUCGUCGCUCAUGAUGCCGUGGGCGUCGGGCGAGGGCCUAGUCACCUCGCCGAAGCGCGCAGCCACCUUCACGCGCUCCAACUGGAGCAGCGGCGAGCGCGAGCGCUGCGCCAUCAUCGUCGACCGGCACGUGCACAAGAACGGCGGCUCGACGAUGCGUGACAUCUUCCUCGAGAACGAGCGACUCGGGUACGGGCUCUACCAGGGCUACACGCAGCUUCUCUGGAGACAAGACUUUGCCGUGCUGCAGCGGAUUGCGGAGCGGGCCGUUGCUGAAAAGAGGUCGCCGAAUCACUUCAUCAUGAUGGAGGCGCCGCUCCUCCCGUCGCCGCAGCCCAGACGAGGCAAGACGGCGCCUCCGCACACCCGUGCCUCGCCACCUGCCACCGACGCCCCUCUGCAGGCACACUUUGGCUUUGAGGAGUUUGCCAACCGGCCGCUCUCCGACCUGGUGAGGCUCAAGCAGCUGUACCAGGCGGCGGGCGUGCGGUGUCCGAUCGCGCUGAUGACGCGCGUGCGCGAGCCGCUGGCGUACUACCUCUCCUUCUACAAGUGGGGCGUGGCCUUCCGCAUACAGGAGGCGCUGACCAAGGGGGAAGUGCAGCCGCAGUGGGGUCGCAACUUCUCGGAGUGGGCGAGGCAGGUGCCCAACCUCCAGUCCUCCAUCAUGGUGCGCGGCAUGACGGCGAUGGGCGCAGAGUACUCUGGCCGCAUCCACGCCAGCCGCAGGACCAUCGGACCCGCGGGCGGGCGUGGCUGGGAGGAGCUCGACAACAUGCUCUCCAAGUUCGACGUCGUCGGCGCGCCCGCCUCCCGCCGUUUCGACGAGACGCUCCUCCUCGCGGCGGACAUGGUCGGGCUGCCGGUGCUCGCCUACAAGUACAACCGCCCGAAGGCCAAGGGCGGCUUCAGGGGCGGCAAGGCGGACAUCUGCCCCGACAUGGAGGCGUGCCGCGCGCUCGUCAAGGAAGUCGCCCCUCGCGACGUCGCGAUGUGGGAAAAGUACGGCAAGGGGUUUGUGGCAAAGCUGCAGACCCUCGGACCUGCCUUCGAGCGGCGCGCCGAGGUUCGCCGCACGCAGCCCGCAUGGAAGGCUGCGCCGCGCGCACAGACAAUCUGCCGCUACCACCCGGAGACGGACCCGAGCCCGGCCCGCACGCCGGUGCUUGCGGGCAGCAACCUGCGCUGCCCAGUCGAGGAGGGCCUUGAGCUCUGCCAGCAGUACUACGCGCACCGCCUCUUCGAGUGCCCGUGGCAGUACGUGCCAAACUCCUCCCUCACCGACCCGCUCGGCUGCUGGCGCCCCUCAUCAGGCUUCCUCUGA